GGCUGGGUUAGGUGGCUAAAAAGUAGAAACAUAAAAUCGUUCAAAAGGUUUCAAAGUAUUGAAUGUUGACUGACGAUUUAGUCAUAGGGUAAUUCUCCAACGUAUUUAGAUGUCGCUGUAAAUCUGUGAGGACAGGUACACAGAAGGGGACAAAUAAGCCCACGAUUGUCCUGUGAACUAGCCUGUUGUCUUACCAAGUCAAAUUUCGUUGAAAUAGGAGAAAGAGGAGUCAAAACAAUCGACAAGUUAUUCAUACAUUUAUUGGAUUAUACCUGUGUGUCAACGACAGUGAUCAGGGAACAUGGCAGACGAUGACAACCUGGACUUGCUGCUGUCGAUGUUCGAUGAGGAGCAGGAGGAGGAGGAGGAAGCAGUGGGGGGAGGAGGAGGAGGAGGUGAGGAGGAGGAUAACCUAGAUGACCUGUUUGAUAACGAUGAGGAGGAUGGAGAGGGAUACGUGGAGCCAGAGGAGGAAGAGGAGGAUGGACAAACAGAAGAACCAGCAGCAGAAGAAGAAGAGGAAGAGAAGGAGGAAGAGUCCCACAACAGGUCAAAGGAGGAUUUAGAAGCUGAGUUGCGGCGCAUGCAGGAGCAGAUGCAGAGGCUCCAGGAGCAGCUGCAGGCCUCGCAGGGGGGCGGCGGGGGCGGCAGGAGCGCCCCUCCCAAACUCAAGAGCCCCCCCUCCACACUCAAGAGCCCCCCUCCGAAACCAAAACCCAAACCCAAACCUGCCCCCAGCACCCCCACCUUGAAGCCCAAGGGGGGAGCCUCGGUGUCCUCACCAUCUGGCAAGCAGGCAGCCUUCAAGACCCCAAAAUCAACUUCAUCUACUACUGCUGCUGCCAAGUCAUCUCCUACAGCAGCGUCCAGCUCCAAGUCUUCUCCCACCACUGUUGUCGGCUCCUCUAAGAAGCCCAGAGCGGCACACCAGUCCAAAGCAGGAGCGUCGUCUCAGAUUCAAAGCCCACCGAGCAAGAGUGGCCUUGGCAGCCAGUCCCAGCCAAUCGGAGCCAGUAAUGCCCUCAAGUCCCCGCCCCCCACCAGCAGCAGCAGCCAGCCAAUGGCGCGACAGGGAACGCCUCGGCCCCCUGUCAAUCAUGACGUCACCGUGGAGAAGUUCUCUGGCCUGAGGCUACGGCGUCCGCGGAUCUCCUCCAUAGACCUGGACCAUAAGAUGUCGGCCCGGAAGAUGCUGCCGUUGUCCCAGCUGCCCGAGCGCAUCGCCCGUGACAACCUGGAGGAUAGCGACUGGGUGACCUUCGCCGUAUUGGUCAACAAGAUCACACCACAGAGCAAGAAAGACGGUAAGACGUUCAGCAUCUGGAAGCUGAAUGACCUCCAUAACCUGGAAGUGUACGUGUCCCUCUUCCUGUUCGGCAGCGUGCACGCGGAGCUGUGGAAGACCGACACGGGCACCGUCAUGGGCAUCCUCAACCCCAACCUCAUGAAGAACAAGGAAGGAGCCAACUCCAACGAGGUGGCUUUGACGAUAGACCACCCUCAGAAGGUUUUGGUCCUGGGGGAGGCCAUGGACUUCAGCACCUGCAAAGCCACCAAGAAGAACGGAGACCCCUGCAGCCAGAUAGUCAACCUGCACAAGUGCCAGUACUGCCAGUACCACGUGCAGGCGCAGUACAAGAAGAUGAGUUCCAAGAGGGCGGAGCUUCAGGCCAGCUACUCUGGAGGCUCCGCCCCCAAGAGAGGAAGGGGGCGGGGCAACGGCGGCAGCCUGAGAGAGAGGCUCUGUCACAGCGACUUCCACUACGGAGGGAUGUCCUCGCUCGCAUGCGCAGCCAACGCUAAUGGUCCAAAGGCAAAGAAGCCCACCCAGUCCACGCUGAGCGGCAUUGUACUCCGAACACCAGUGGUGCCCGGCAACAGCUUAGGUCUUCAGUCCAGUGAGGUGUCUGGCUGUUCUGAUGAGUUUAAGGAUCUCAUCUCCAUGCCAACGCCGGGGGCCCUCAACAUCAAGAAACACCUGGGACACGUGCAGGCUAAAGCUCCUGGUGCUGCCCCUGUGCAGUCGGUCACAGCAACAGAUCUCCUGAAGCAGCAGAAGGCCCUGCACCAGCAGAGAUCCCUCGGCCGCCUCAAGAGGGCGCAAGAGAUACAGCAGAGGGUGUUGCAGAACACUGGCAAGGCUUUAGCCACUAAGUCACCAUCCAAUGGCGUAGCAACUCCACCUCAGAAACCCCUCCCAUCUAAAUCACCAGCCAAUGGAGUAUCAGGUCCAUCCCAGAAGCCCCUCCCAUUGCCACAGGGCCGGCCCUCGUCUAAUCCGACCACACCCACUCUGGGGCGGGGCUUCAGCGAGGGAGACGACAUCCUAUUUGACCUGAGCCUGCCCCCUCCUCCGUCCACCAGCCAAUCCGCUGCCAAGAUGGCAGCUCUGCGUAAGCUCCAGGCCAAGGGGGCCAGCCUCAGCAGGGACGACCCCAACGCAGUGAAGCGCAAGCGGGCAAGCAGUGACGACAUCGCCGCCCGCGUGGAGAAGAACCGCAGCUCACCCGAGGGUGAUAGGUCGACCACAGGGGAGGAGGAGGAGCCUGCCCAGAAAAAGAGGCGGGCCCAGCUGGACUACAUCCAAUCCGAAGAGUUCCAGAAACUCCUCAACGCAAAGUCACAAUUCACAUGGCUGAUGGGAGAGAUGGAAGUGAAACAGAUGCAGGACUACUUUGAGCCGCUGGUCCAGAAGGAGCAGCUGGAGGAGAAGAUGCGGAGCAUCAGAGAACAGAAGUGCAGAGCAGUCACCUGCAAAACCUGCAAGUACACCCACUUCAAGCCAGCAGAUCGGUGUGUCCAGGAGAGCCAUGAGUACCACUGGCACGAUGCUCACAAGAGAUUCUUCAAGUGCACAUGUGGCCAACGCAAGAUAUCCCUGGCACGCAUACCCAACGUAGCAUGCAGCAAUUGUGGCCAGUUCAAAUGGGAGCGGGACGGCAUGCUUAAGGAGAAGAAUGGUCCUAAGAUCGGAGGGGAGCUGUUGAUGACGCGUGGAGAUGAGCAGCCAAAGUUCCUCAACAGCAUGAAGUAACCACACGGGGAGACACUAUUGGCCAUCAGGACCUUGCAGCUCAUUGGCUACUGGACAACAGAUCCUUGCCGUUCAUUGGCUACUGGAAAACAGGUCCUUGCAGUUCAUUGACUACUGGAAAACAGGUCCUUGCAGUUCAUUGGCUGCUUGAUAGGACUAGCCAAUGAGGCGCCAAGUUUCGGAACAUUGGUACCUUGACUGGGGGCGAAAGGACACGGCUUCUGAUACGGAUAUGGAUUUGGACUCCUAAAAACGUCACACAUUACAUUUCUUUUAAGCUAUAUACUUCAAUGUCUAUGAAUGUCUUGAAAGAAAAAGUUGAAACUUGAAACUUCCCCCAGUGAAGCGUCUGCCUGCCCACUUGAAUCCCUCUGGCAGACAGUAUAGGGCAGGGACCAGUGUGUGUGUGUGUGUGUGUCCGUGUGUGUGUGUCUAUUUCCCUGUAGUGGUGCUAUGUGUGUACUGUGUUUACAUGCCUUGUGGGUAUAAUGGCCCAACAGUGGACCACCAAGGCCAGAAUUGCAGAAGUGUGUGUGUGUGCGUGUGUGUGUGUGCGCGUGCGUGCGUGUUUCCAAGCAGGGUAGUUUCGGGUCCCACAGUUGUCCAUCAGAGCCGGAGAAGUUGUGCCUGUACUGCAGUAUUACUGUAUUGGCUCCACUGUUUGCCGUAGUAUUAGGGAUGUUUACGUAUGGAGAGUGUAAGUCAUUUGUUUGUGGUGAAAACCUGCUGGCUCUCUGACUGGUUAUUCCAGACCAAGACUGAAGCUAGCCUUUGGCAGGUGCGUGCGUG